AAAAAUUAAGAAUUUUGCAAAAAUAAAAGCUAAAACAGAGAAGAAGAAGAACUCAUAAAAAAGCAUACACAAACAGUUUGUCAAACCUGAAGAAGAAGACUUGAAAGACGGAAAGUAAAAAAAUGAGGAAUUAAAUAUUAACAAUCAACAAAUUAGAAUUAAAUAAUAAAAAAAGAAAACUAUUUAUUAAAAAUAUUAAAAACUAAAAAUAAUAAAACCUUAUUUAAUAAUUAAAAAUUAAGCAAUUAAAACAUUUACAUGAAACUUUUAAAGCCAAGUUGGGUGCAUCAUGAUGAAAAACCAAUCUUCUCCGUUGAUGUUCAUCAAGAAUGUCUCAAAUUUGCCACUGGUGGCCAAGGUGUGGAUUCCGGCCGUGUCGUGAUAUGGAAUUUAAUACCGGUGUUAUCCGAAAAAGCCGAACUAGAUGAUGCUGUGCCGAAAAUGCUAUGCCAAAUGGAUAAUCAUUUGGCGUGCGUUAAUUGUGUGCGCUGGUCGCAGAGCGGCCUUAUGUUAGCCUCAUGUUCGGAUGACAAAUUGGUUAUGAUAUGGCGGCAAUCGAAGGGCACCAGUGGUGUCUUCGGUACCGGUGGCAUACACAAAAAUCCCGAAACAUGGAAAUGUGUUUUUACGCUUCGAGGUCAUUCUGGUGAUGUUCUUGACUUGGCCUGGUCACCACAAGAUCGUUGGCUUGCCAGCUGUAGCAUUGACAACACCAUUAUCGUUUGGGAUGCACAAAACUUCCCCGCCAUGGUGGCAAUGCUCAAGGGCCAUACGGGUCUAGUCAAAGGUGUUGCCUGGGAUCCGGUGGGCAAAUAUUUAGCAUCACAAAGUGACGAUCGUAGUGUGAAAAUCUGGAAGACCUCCGACUGGACAUGUAGUAGUACGAUAACGGAACCAUUUGAAGAGUGCGGCGGUACAACGCACAUUUUACGUUUAUCAUGGUCGCCAGAUGGUCAGUACUUAGUGUCGGCCCAUGCCAUGAACGGUGGCGGACCGACAGCACAAAUAAUUGAACGUGAAGGCUGGAAAUGUGAUAAGGAUUUUGUGGGUCACCGCAAAGCCGUUACUUGCGUACGCUUUCAUACGGCUAUUUUAAAAAGACAAGCACCCAAAUCACAAAAACCCCAACAGUAUUGUUGUUUGGCGGUGGGAUCCCGAGAUCGUUCACUCUCCGUGUGGAUGACAGCCUUGCAGAGACCUCUGGUCGUGAUACAUGAACUCUUUAAUGACAGUAUUCUAGAUUUAUCAUGGGGCCCAGAUAAGUGUAUUCUAUUGGCGUGCAGUGGUGACGGCACCGUGGCCUGUCUACAGUUCUCCGAAAACGAAUUGGGUACUCCCCUCUCAGAGGAGGAUAAAAAUUCACUAUAUCAACGUAUUUAUGGCAAAACAGCAGCAACUUUAACGAAUGGUUCCACAGCUGCCACAGAUUUACUCAUAGAAAAUCCCGAACUAUUAGCAUGUACUCAGGAUAAAUUAAAACCUCCUACACUGCCAACCAUACAGGUUACCAACCAUAAUAACAACAUCGAAAACAACACAACACAAUCUUCCACAAAUGGUUUGGCACACAGCAGCCAGACCAUAUUUUCACAAAAUUCCAAUGCUAUGGAAAUUGGUCAAAACACCCCGGUGAAAGCGAUUAACAAACAAAUGGAGACGCGUACAAAAGAUGGUAAAAGGCGCAUCACACCCGUGUUCAUACCAUUAAACCAGGAUGUGGCUGAAACAACUGCAACCACGAAUGUUCAUUUAAAUAGUUUUAUUCGAACAUCUACAGAAGUCACAGCAAGCGCCAUGUCAACUGAUGGAGAAGCGGUAAUAGCAACGACUUCCUCUGCCGCAGUGAAGGAGACAAAACCUGUGGCAAGCAGCUCAACAAGUUUAACUAUUCCUAAAGCUAAUAUAACAGACCAGGAAAGAGGUCGCUUGGAUUCGCGUUUAGUUAAAAGCACCUCGGCAAAACCUCGCGUUGAACCAUUUACCGUUUCAAAGGAAUCACUGCAGGCAUUUCCACAUUUUAAACAAACACCACAACACUUUGGUACGGAUGCCAACAAUGCCAGCAGCUCUUCAACAGCAACUAAAUCUUAUCAGGCCUCUACUAUGGGCCCUAAAAUCUCUAUAACAGCCACCACCAAGUGUGAAUAUCAAAAGACUGCUUUAGACUAUCGCAUCCAUGUGCACAAUGGUUUUGUGCCAACUAACAAUGGUCUUUUGGCCAAAAUCACCGUUUUUCGUUUAGCAACCGGCAAACUGUGGGAGACUUUUGUGGGUUCUCCCAUAGUUAAUUUCAAUUUUUGUUUGAAAUGCGUAAUGCUAUGUAGUUUAGAUGGUUCCAUGCGUUUAUUGGAUCUGCAAACCGGUAGUCCUUUAAUGCCAAUUAUCUCCCUAACAACAGCUGCCAUACAAUGUGCCUUUUGUCCCAAAGGCCUUUUAGUAGGAGUCAUAACCGAAUGUGGUCUUUUGCGCAUUUGGAAUAUUGCCUCUUGUUCGGCUGUUUUAGCCACCACCUGCAACGAGAUAUUUGGAAAACAUGGCUCUGUGUUACAGUUUACUAUCACCGAACAUGGUGUACCCAUGAUUCUAUUCUCAAACGGCCAGGCCUUUUCUUACUCGGCUCAAUUACAAUCUUGGUUGGUGUUGAAUACAAAGGAUCCCAUAAUGCGUCAUGGUUUGCGUACUUCCGUACCUAAGGAAUUGAAUAAGAAUUACUUGUCCUAUCCGCUGACAUCGAUACAAGCAGCUACCACUACAUUUGUCACCCAGAGUACUGGUAUUGAUUUAAAUGCCAACGAUUGGCAAUCGGUUGCUAAAAUAACAUUCAUUGAAAAUCAAAUAAAACUUUGUGAAGCCAUCAAUUCAUCGGAAGAGCUUAAAUAUUGGUACACCAUGUUUGCAUUUCAUUUGGCCAUGGGCAAUAAUGAAAAUAAACUACGAUUGCUGCUCAACGAUCUCUUGGGAACCGGCACAAGAAGUAUAAACUCACAAAAUGAACACAUAUUGAGUAUACCUAAACACGAUUUAUUAGACUUGGUAUUGGAACAAUUAAAAGUACAUAUUAAAUGGCAACGCAUUUAUAUGGAAUAUAAUGAAUUGUAUCAACAUUUGAAAACACGCAAACAAGAACAGCUACAAAGACAACAACAGCAGGAACAGCAAAAGGAAAAUUUUGAAAAGGCAAAAUCACCACCAACAUCAUCUUCAUUGUUAGCAACAACAGAUAUAACAACAAAAUCCCUUGAAGAUACAGCCACCACCUCUAGUUUGAAUUGUGCCAAAUUGGAAACUCGUAUGGAUAUUACUUAAUGUUACAUUUUUUAUAACCAACGCACGCUCGCCAAAAUGUUCUGCCCAGCAGAUCUGUUCUCAUAUUAAUCACUCAUCGUUCAACAUGAAAUUAAUUUAAAUUAAUAACAGCUAAGAUUUCUCAAUGUAAGUUAAUUUAUCAUAAAGUAUUUCUUAAGCAAACCCCUUUAAUUAAAACUGAAAAUGUGUUUGUUUUAUUAUUAAUUUGUGUGGUUUCUAAAACUAUUAAAAGAAAUCAUCAUCUUAGAUUAGUCCAACUUAUUUCCAUUUGUUUUAAGUUUAGUAUGUGAAAAAAAAAACAAAUAAUUACUAUUAUUUUUUUUAUUAAUUAAAAAUUUAUUAUUUAUAAAUGAGUCUUUCCUUCCUUCCUUCCUUUUCAAAAAAAAUAUAGGUUUGUUGUGGUACUUUGCGAAUUUGCUGGUAGUACUGGAAAUAGACCAUAAUUUUUUAAUGUUUUUUUUUCUUCAUCAAUAAAUAAUCGUUCAUAUUGUACGUUUUAUUAAAUAUUUUGCUAUUCCUCCUCUCUUACUUUAUUUUAAUGUAUAUAAACUAAGUAAUAUUUAUAUGUAAUUUAAUGAUAAAAAGCUGUUUAAAUAAAACGAUUCAUAAUGAAAAAGAAA